AAUUACAGACUUUCAAAAGACCAAUAUAAAUAUCUCAACCGGGAACGUGAUUAUUUAUGGCGUCGAUUUCCAGCUCCGGCCAGAUCUCAGUCGUGAACUCUGAAUUCUGUUUAGCUUACCCAGUUGAUAUCAUCAUAAAAAAGAAGCUCUUCAGCCUAAGUAAAAAAAAAUACGCCGUCACCAACGCUGAUGGGGAUCUCUUUCUUAACGUGACAGAGAACUUCUUCGGCGUUCAUCGCCGUCGGUACCUCAGUGAUACCGACGGAAACACCUUCCUUACUCUUCAGGAAUGUAUAAUGACCAUGCAUUCAAGGUGGGAAGUUUUCAUGGGAGACAGUACAGAAGAUAAUAAUCUACUAUUUAGCGUGAAGUCGCAUUCUAUGUUCCAAAGCAACACUGAAUAUGAUGUUUUCAUGGCUACCAAUUCAGAGGAAAGUGGUUGUUGUGAUUUCAAGAUCUAUGAAAAUGAGAUAUAUGCUGGAAACACUAAAAAUAACCUUAUUGCUCAAAUGAACGAUCAAGGUAGUUUCAUGAAUACCGAAUACUUGGUUAAUGUUUAUCCUAAUGUUGAUUUGGUCUUUAUAGUCGCACUAGUUGUGAUUUUUGAAGAAAUUAAACAUGGUGGAACAUCAAAUUCUGAAGGCAUAUUUGAGUUAGCAAACAUUGUUUUGAGUUGAAGGGGUGGGAUGUCAUAUAAUACUUUAGAAUUGUGGA